AUAAACUGCCGAUGCAUACGCAGCCAGACCUGUGGCAUUGCGAUUUUUAGCUCGGCCAUCCAACCUGUAGCAACUUCAACCCUCACGACCCUCACGAGAUCCGGUUCACUUAGUCCACCAUGUCUGGGCGUAGCGCAUACGUGAGGAAAAAGAUAACCGAGCCAAGGUCUGGAGCUCGGCCUCCAGGAAGCGCACGCUAUUCGGACCGGGAUGACCUUUCAAUUACUGAUGCCGGUCUGCCGCAAGGCACCGGCUAUGGCACCGGCUACGGUACGAUGAAUGCGCGGUUCUUGAAGUUCUCUGAACCUGUGAGAGAGGCGGAGCCGACCAGUUAUCGCAAUGAGAUUACAAAUUUUAACAAUAACAGCAGCGGUAGCCAGAGUGGCGGAAGUGACUCGGGGAGGAGAGAAGGUGGCAGUGGUCCGCAGCACCAUGGGCCAAUGGCUGAUUACGCCUACGCUAGAGCGAGAAAGCCUGUUCUAAGGACGGAGGAUGUGUCAGGUAUCGAACGUUCCGGCUUUCGAAGUGUUGUGGACAAGAAAAGCGACGACUUUCGUAAAGGACUUACGAAGGCUUUCACGUUUGGGGGAAAGAAGAAAAAGGCUGGAGAUGUUCUUCGACCGGAGUCGUCUGCUACCGUCAGAGGCCAUGGUGAUACAGAUUCAUUUGAUAUGAACGAGAUGCCUAUCAUGCCUAUGCAAACUCCACAGCACUUGGUAUGGGAUCCAGAAUAUCAGCAAAUGAUCUCACCUCCCCCAUCUUCUAAAUUGCCUCCAAUCCCCCCACCCUCGACUACGCCGCCGAUCAAGCGUUGGAUUGGUGCAGGGAGACCCGUUCAGCGAUGGAACAAACUUCGCAAGGACCCUGAACUAUGGGAUCCCAACGGCGAUGUGUUGGUAUUCUUCGGCCGCAGAGGACAGGCCCCCCGGCCAAACCCUUCUUUCCGCCUUUCAUCUCACAUUAUCGAAGCAACCGAAUCUCGGUUUCUCAUUACUCUCCUUCGCGAAGGUUCCACAGAGGAAGAGUAUGACCCGAGGGUUCACAUGCCACCAUCGCCUAUUGGUGCCCCGCCAAUGCUACGACCGCACGGCUCACAUCCGCAACUUGGGUACAAUCUAGGUCGCCACGGUCAGCCGACGCCUCCUGUUUCUGAGGACACUAGUCUCGCGGAUACGGACGGCCAGAUUUCUUAUGAGAUGUAUUUCCCGACACCGCCCAAUCUUAGCAAACUUGAUGCGCACCGGCAUGCUAUCACGACGCGUAACGUAUUUGCGCUACUGUACCAUGCAUCUCUGGUCGGUCUAUCGCUGUUCCAAGCUCUGUCCGAUCUGCUUGCGCGUCUUGCGACAUAUAUGCCUCCUGAGGCAGAUAAUGUUGGUACUAUUAUCAAUUAUCUAUCUGCCCGUGGCAUUGACGACGCUCGCAACGAUGCGGAUACUGCAGUAUCCAUGCUAGCAUGGUCGGAAAUUCCAGAUGUGCGCUGGGAGGAAGGAUGGUGCGAGGCCUUCGUGCAUUGCGCGGGCAUGUACUCUCGAUUAGAGGCAUGCGCUGACUAUAAGAGCGUUACUCCGAUCACGCGCGCACUUCUAGAAAGGGCAUGCCUGGAAACUCAGCUUCGUGUGCAAGCAGCAGAAGAACGGCUCUCCGAGUUCUCUUUUGGAGAUAUCUGGCCAACGGCUGGCCCUUCGGCGCGAGGUCCUGCUCGAGAUGCAGCUGAUCGUUUACAACAAUUUCUCAUUAAUCACUAUAUUACGGUGCAUGGUGACUGGCCUCCUCCUGAACCCGGUGCGAGAACGGUAGAGGGCGAGGAGAUGUGGUUGACUAGGACAUUGGCGAAGCAAAUGCAAAAGGACUUCGGCGCACUCUACGAUUACUUAGUCAAUAGAGAUAUUGUGUGGGAUGAAUCAGAGACUCGAAGUAGUCGGAAAUGGAUGAUGGUUUCCGAGAGUGGUAACAAGUCGUUCGACCCCGAUACACCCGACCUUCCGCUCACGGAUAUGCUGAUCGAGUUCGAUAACCGAAUGCGAUUCCCUCAUAUCCCGCACCCCUAUCCUCUUGUUCCCGAGUCAAUUCCGAUGUUCGCACCCCCUUCCACCGGUUCGGGUCGUGAGAAGCUGAGAAAGGAUAGGAGUAAUAGUAGCGGCAACAGCGCGAAGCAGGGCGGCGAUGAUCGUAUCAAUGAAAGACGCGCACAAUUAGCCUAUACCGAGGCGACUAACAUAUACAUCUUGGGGUCCGACUUCACACAAUCUGACCUCAUCGAAGGCUUUGUCAAGUUCGAAAAAGCGGACCAGAUUGGUAUGGUUGAUCCCUUCGUCGCCCGCCGCGGCCGCUGGGUUCUUGUGUAUGGCAUACUGCAGACUCUUGCGAGCGUAUCGGUCGACGCACCAAACCUCCGGUAUAAGGAUAAUGUGACAUACCAUCUCUCUCCGCGCUUUAAAGGAAUGAAGACGCCUCCAUGGAAGGGCGCGUCUGCACCCGCAGCCGAGGCUCAUCACGAACUCUCCCAUUGCUGGCUUGCUCCUCGAGCCUGGCAAAAUAGUACGAGCGGCGAAAGCGUCGACUCGGACACUUCCAACUCAGGAGACCCGGUAUUACGCAUGAUGCGCGCGCAAGCGCAAAAGUUCCCUAGGCCUCCCAAAACUGUAACAAGUCGAUCGAAUAACGGCGGUGGAUUGAGCGCAUCGCGAGGCGGACGAUCUAACGCCAACAGCACCAUCGCACCCACGAUGUGGGGUGGCUCCUCCGCCAUGAGCGUCAGUGCCUACUCCGACGACGCAGCUUCAAGCAUCACUCGCCCAUCAUCGUCUAAAACGCAUGCGAGCUACAAUCCAAGGGGCUACGUAAAUUCACAAAGGGCCAGGAGCGAACGCAGCUAUGCGACCUUCGGACCAAAUAAUACCGGCGGUAGAGCCGACGAAGGCAGUUGGCCGCCUCAGGGCUUAAGUAUACGUCGGACUAAGCCACCGGCGCCGCUGGAUCUUAAUCUCGAUAUGUCACGCAUGGAGGGUUUCUUUGAUCCGAGCCAUAGCCCCUCUAGCUGUGGCGGCGCGCCGAUUUUAAGUCCGAAUAGCUCCGCCUCUGAUGGUCUAGGACCGGUGAUUCGCGAUUUUGAUGAGCUUGAUUCUGUUGCUGAGGAACACCUGGGCUAGGCUACGAAAUCCAAAAAGAGGUAGAUUUUUCUAACGCAUAGGGGUCUUCGGGGUUAGGAGUUCUUCGCUAUGCGAUUCUUAUUUCCUAUAGGAGGGCUAUCUAAUUGCGACGGAGUAAGGGGUAGGGAUAGCGGUGUCGUUCGUUGAGGUAUUGUAUGAGUGAGCGAUGCUGAAUGAUAUAUACGAGGUUGGAGGGAGUUUUCUUUUAUUAGA